AUGGGUCAAACAGUAUCAAUAAGUGUAACAGCUGAAUCUGUAAUAAAGUCACUAGAUCAGACAGAAAUACCAAAAAAUCAUCCAAAAAUCAACAAUAUACAGGCACAAGAAAUCCCACCAGAAUGUCCAAUGCAUCAAAAACAUCAAGCACCAAAAGAAGAAAAAGUUAUAGUUUCAGAAUGUCCGAUUCAAGGAGCUGCUGAUGUUAAUCCAUUAAAUAUGAUGCCAGCUGCAAAUCAAAAACCAUCACCAGGCCAGCCUUUCCCAUUGCCUACAGCAAGAGUAACUUCUUCGAUUCCUCGAGCUGUUCCAAGUCCAGAAGGCAAGACACACUGGGAAUAUCCUAGUCAACAAAUGUUCUGGAAUGCUAUGCUUCGUAAAGGUUGGGUAUGGCAGAAAGAAGAUUUAUCUGCAAAAGAUAUGGACGAUAUAAUCAAAAUCCACAAUGCUAAUAAUGAACAGGCCUGGCAGGAAGUCUUAAAAUGGGAAGCACUUCACGCUCGUGAAUGUGGGAAUCCAAAAUUAAAGAGUUUUGGAGGUAAAGCAAAGGAUUUUUCACCUCGUGCAAAGAUUCGUAAUUGGAUGGGCUAUGAAUUACCUUUUGAUCGUCAUGACUGGAUUGUUGAUAGAUGUGGCAAGGAUGUUCGCUAUGUUAUUGACUAUUACGAUGGAGGAAUGGUCGAUGAAAAGUACAAAUUUGCGCUUCUUGAUGUUAGGCCUGCAAUGGAUUCAUUUGAUAAUGUUUGGGACAGAAUGAAAGUUUGCUACAUGCGAUGGAAGUAUGAAUAUGCCGCAGGACUCUUCUCAAAGCAAACUGAUAAGAGUAAUUAA